AUGAACGAUAAGCCACAACAGACAAAUUUCAUUCGCAAGUUUCGUAAAGUAUAUAACAUCGAACUUCUUGAUAAUCCUUCUUCAUCAUCUAGUACAUUGUUGGCACAAACAAAAGUUAAUGGUGUUUAUUUAACUAAUACACAUGAAAACGAGAAAGAACAUAACAUGCCCAAUGCAAUUCACAUGACAACAUCAAUUGAACCAACACCAAUUGAAUCAACACCAUAUGAACCAACAAUAUUUGAACCAACAACAUUUGAACCAACACCGUUUGAAUCAAAAUCAUCUGAACAACGACCAACUUGUAAACGUAAAUCAGAUGAAAAACUUGUUUCUGAGCUUUUAUCUCAGGAGAUUGAUUCAUCAAAAUAA